GUGAGGCCUUAGUACCUCCUUGGCCCAGGAUGGCUAGAGAAUCAAGAGAAAGCACAACCCUGGAUGCCCAAUCUGCAGAGGACCAUUUGGGGCUCCUGGUCAUAAAGGUGGAGGAAGAAGAAGCGUCCGCCUUGGUGGAGGAAGCCAGUUUGCCUGGCAGCUCCGCUCACAGUCCUGAGCGCUCCCGCCAGCACUUUCGAGGCUUCCGAUACCCGGAGGCUGCAUGCCCUCGACAGGCGCUGAGCCGGCUCCGGGAGCUCUGCCGCCAGUGGCUGCGGCCCGAGAUGCACAGCAAGGAACAGAUCCUGGAGCUGCUGGUGCUAGAGCAGUUUCUGACCAUCCUGCCGGGGGACCUGCAGAGCUGGGUGCGGGAGCAGCAUCCAGAGAGCGGGGAGGAGGUGGUGGUGCUGUUGGAGUAUUUGGAGAGGCAGCUGGACGAACAGAUGUCCCAGGUCCCAGGUGGUGACCGGGGACAAGAACUGCUCUGUUGCAAGGUGGCACUGUUGACACCAGCUCAUGGGUCACAAAGUAGCCAAUACCAGCCAGUGAAGGCUCUGCUCAAGCAUGAAUCUCUGGGAUUGCAGGCCUUACAAGACAGAGUUCUCCAGGUUCCUGGGAUUGCCCAGGGAGGCAGCUGCAGAGAAGACUCAGUGGUAGCUGCCAGGCUCACUCCAGAGUCCCAGGGGUUGCUGAAAAUGGAAGAUGUGGCCCUGACUCUCACCCCUGGGUGGACACAGCUGGAUUCAUCUCAUGUGACCCUCUUCAGAGAUGAAAAGCAGGAGAACUGUGGCAGCCUGGCCUCCCUGGCUCAGAGCUCAGGCCUGACUAAGCACAGAAGAAUCCACACUGGAGAGAAACCCUAUGAAUGUGAAGACUGUGGGAAGACCUUCAUUGGGAGCUCUGCCCUCGUCAUUCAUCAGAGAGUCCACACUGGUGAGAAGCCAUACGAGUGUGAAGAAUGCGGUAAGGUUUUCAGUCACAGCUCAAACCUCAUCAAGCACCAGAGAACUCACACUGGGGAGAAGCCCUAUGAGUGUGAUGACUGCGGGAAAACCUUCAGCCAGAGCUGCAGCCUCCUUGAACAUCACAAAAUCCACACUGGGGAGAAGCCAUACCUGUGCAACAUGUGCGGCAAAGCCUUUAGGAGGAAUUCGCAUCUCUUGAGGCAUCAGAGGAUCCAUGGUGAUAAAAAUGUUCAGAAUCCAGAGUAUGGAGAGGCCUGGGAAAGUCUAGAUAGGUUGGAAAGCCAGUGGGAAAAUGUUGAGGCUCCUGUGUCUUAUAAAUGUAAUGAGUGUGAGAGAAGUUUCACUCGGAAUAGAAGUCUUCUUGAACAUCAAAAAAUCCACACUGGUGAGAAACCCUAUCAGUGUGAUGCAUGUGGGAAAGGCUUCACCCGAACUUCAUACCUUGUUCAGCAUCAGAGAAGCCAUGUUGGGAAAAGAAUUCUAUCACAGUGACCCUUGUCAUACUUGCUGAAGUUGGUGCUCAUUUCUCAUUGAACGGAAGCCACCUGGAACGCUUAUCAGCUUCAGAACUUGUGGGCUGGGGCUUUAUUCACCCACUCAUCAGGUGUUAGAAAAUGUAAUCUGGCUGAGAUAAAUUAUCUUCUACAUUUUAAAAGGUGAUUGGAAAAAAACAUUUGAUACGCAGUCAUGGGAGAGCUGUCUGAAAGAGGUAGAAUCUGAAAUAAUUUGUUCUCACCGACUGGACUUAAGUGGCCUUCAAGAUGGCUCUGAUGUGGGGGCUGCUGGUCUGACCAUUCAUUUUGCCUGUAAUGAAUCCUUCAUGAGUUGGUCAGAUUCAUGAGGUCUUUUACCCCCCAUUGUGCCUUGAAAAUAGGUGCUAAUAAACAUUUACUAAAUGUA